AUGACACGCCCCAGAGCGCUCCGGAGCCGUGCUGCACGCGGGUCGGGGUUCGCCGCCGCCUUACCGUUGAGGAAGGCUUGCUUGGUGUCGGUUUGGACGAGUGGCUCGGGGUGGCCCGGCCUCUCUGGGGUGGAGGAGGAACUUUUCAAGCUGGACACGAAAGUGGAGCAGUUUCCCAGUCUGAUUACUGCUUUUCCUAAUGGUGCCCCUACGUCAGCAUGCAAGAGCAUGAAGCCAAUACAUUCCGGAGUUGUGCCACAGUCUAGCCGUGCACCUUACACUAUUGAUACUGCUACAAGCGUCUACCAACCUGGGAAGGCAGUACAAGUUGCAAUACUGGGACCCCAUUAUCGAGGAGUUUUGCUGGAAGCUCGAAGGGAUGGAGACCCCACUCCAAUCGGAUCGUGGCAGAACCCACAUGAAAACACCAAAUUGUUACAGUGUUCUGAAAACCCGAUGGCUGCAGUUACCCACUCAAACAUCAAUGCCAAGAGCAAUUCAACCACAUAUGUAUGGAUCCCACCGGAUUCAUUCUGUUCUACUUCCAUUAGAUUCAUGGCAACGGUGGCACAAUCUCGUGAAGUAUAUUGGCUUAAUGUUCAAUCAAGACCUUUAAUGAAAGAUCUGUCCGUUGCAUGUGGUGAGAUGAAGUUUACGUAUGGAAUCGGCAACCUCAUUGUGACGUUAUUUGUUUCUCUUCUAGUUACUUAAUAAAAUUAACAUUGACAGGCAAUGAAUGAGCAAACUGUCAUCAUGCUGUGUGUACAUAUUUCCAUUUGUUAUAUUACGCAUUAACAGUUUGCUAUAACAAUAA